CGAAAGGGGCAGAGGCGCACUAGGGGGACACGUGCGGACGCGUUUAAUUGUACACAUUACAUGGUUAAAAAAACAACAACAAAAAAAAAAACCGUCUCAUCGGCGACUUCAGUUUCGUUGCGGGUACACAGUUAUAUAGAUAUCCAUGGCUAUUGCGAUUAUUUUCUUCACGGGUCGAUUUUAACAGUAAACCAUAGCUAGUUAGUUAACUAGACAGUUUGUUUUGCUAUUAGCUAGCUAGACACGCUAGAUCAGGGAGGCAUGCAGCUUUGUGGAGUGUGUAACGAUCAAAUUCCGAAAUACAGAUGCCCUGUAUGCAGAGUAAAAUACUGUUCGCUGGGUUGCUUCAAAAAACACAAAAGUGAUGACUCCUGCCAACUAGUUAUAGACACAGCGCGUCCUGCUACAACUGUUGCGACAGCGUUUCCAGAUGUCUGUCAGAGCAGUGCUGAACAGCCAUGGACUGUUGACGAUCUCCUCGACGAGGACAGCCAGUCUGACAAGGUUCCUCUGCCCAGACUUCAGCAAUUAGGUGAAUCGGAGACCCUGAUGAGCCUGUUGCGCAACCCGCACCUCAGGCAGCUGAUGUUGAUGGUAGACUCUGCCCAGGACAAGGCACAAGCAAUGAAGAAGGCCAUGCAGGAGCCGCUUUUUGUGGAAUUUGCAGACCAGUGCUUGCAAAUCAUUGAACCGACAGAAAAAGAAGCAGAAGAAAUCGACGAUGGAUAUUGAGCUAAAGUGAAUGAGAAGAGCUUUAACCGGACAAGUCCUGAAAUAUGUACAAACCAGCAUGGGGAGAAGUAGGCUGGAACUGGGGACACAAACUGGGAUUUAGUGCUUUUUUUAAUCAUGCUGCAUCAGUAACAUGGAAGGAACAUUUUUCUAGGUGGUAGAUGGGUGCUUAGUGUUUAAAAGGCUAUGAACCUUGGCCAUUUAAGACUGCUGAUUGCAAGUAUGGAUUUGUGAAGUUUGCUCUAUUUUCUAAGUCUAACUAAUCUAUGAUUUUUCCAUUCACUUUGACCAAAUAAACUUUUUUUUUUUUUU